CACCGCUCUUCGCACUCAUAUCUCUCUAUCCUUUUCAACCCCUCUUCGUUACAAGCACUUAUUAUCAACAUGACAUUCACAUUCGACAUCGAACUGGACACCGAGCAGCCCUUCGUCGUCGUCCUCGAUCAGGACCCAUAUCGUACCCAGGUGUUGCAAGGGGCGAUUGUACUUCAGAUGACCGAGCCCGAAAAGUUCAAGGUUGCCACUAUCGCCAUUCACGGACACAUCGGUGUGGCCCUGAACAUCGAUACCAAGCCCACUGUCGUUCAUGAGCGCCUAAUUGAAUCUAGUGUCGACCUGGUUGCAGCCAACGACACCGAAGGCCAAGGCACGAUCUCUAUUAGCGGGUCUGGCACACAAUAUAUUCCCUUCAGAAUCGAUGUUCCGCGAUCGCACGAAUUGCCUCCAACCCUUCUCAACAAACUGGACACACACUACAUUGACUGGAAGUACGAGAUCCAUGCGACCCUUCAGCGAGAUUCUAUUUUCGCCUCAACCAAGACCGUCAAGCACGACUUGAUCUUCCGCCGACCCAUUGCUCCACUAGGCGAGACCACAGCUACUCUCACCGCCUCGACAGAUAUGCCAGGACAGUUCCGUAGCAAAUUGACGGCGCCUUCGAGGACCGCACUGGGUGAGGAUAAGUUGGCUGUCACGGUCGAGAUGAAGGCCCGCCAUAAAUCGUACAUGGUCAAGGAGAUUGAUUGUGCAGUCGUCCAGACGGAGGACAUCAGCUAUUACACUCGACGGGGCCAUCCCAAAGUUGAGAAUGCCCAUGUCCCCGGCGUUCCAUGCAAGGUCAGCGCCUCUAGACUCGUCUCUGCCUUCAAGAAGAUCCCUAACGAUGAUAACGACCUCGAUUUCGGUCGACACAAGCCCAUCGUUAUCGACCUUCGCCUCGACAAUAACCAAUUGAUCCCUACUGAGCGUGGCUUCGACUGGCUCGAAAUUUCACAUGUGCUUCGAUACACAGUUCAUUUUAUGGACGUAAAUCUGCAGCCCAUUGUCACAGAGUUGCCGCUCUUUGUCGGUCAUGAAGGCGAUAUUCCUGUGGAGGAAGUGGUAGAAGUGAAGGGGACAGGAAGCGAACGCAAACACGGUGUGGCCAGAUUGAUGGAAUCCCUAAAAACUGGUGGAACGGACAACAACACGACUCUCAUGGCAGCAUAAAGAAGAGCCCCCGAGCCCAUUUGUUAUUUCUCAUUUCAUCUCCUGUACAUAUAUCCAAUCCAAUCACCAAUAAAGAAAAAGCUUUAGCCAA